CGCUUUGUUUGUGGCCAUGGAAAGCCAAAAUGGGGGGGCGCCACCCCUGCUAAGGUACAUUCCGGCGCAGGGAUUUUUUUUUUACAGAAUUGAGUUUUUCGCUGCGGCGUCUCAAGAUGCCAGCAAUGGAAGGCGAAAUGCUCAAAAUGAGCUUUGACAUGUUGGGAAAAUUGAGCGCCCGUGCAAGCCUCACAGGAGGAGGAUUCGUUGGUUUGAGAUUUGGAUUUGAUUUUUUCUUUACUUCGCCACUCAUUUUUUCCAACGCUUUGCGCCGAUAUGCAUUGCCACGAUGGCGGUUUUGAGUUGAGUAUUUAUCUACUUUCUUUGAGUUUUUUUUUUUUGAAAAUAUUUACUUCUGGCAUGUUGUUGUUGCUGCUGCCGCCAACGUCUGCUGCGCGCCAGCCGGUUAACGGUGUGCGGUGCAAUUGUGGCCCAUUGUUGGGUUUCGGCAUGCGGUAUCGGGCCACACCACAAGAGAAACCGCUGCUACUGGUUCUCGCGGUGAGCUUGCAAAGCCGAGAAAAAAUAACAAAAAAAGGAAAACAGCUCAAGAAAACGCGGCGCGAGAUGAUGAAGAAGGAGAGGCAAAUACUUGGCUGGAUUUUGGUAGAGAAGCGUCGCGUUGUCGUUGUUGUUGUAAUUGACGUGUUGCAACACAUUGUAUUUGUGCAUUACACGCUUCCAUUGCCCGCCUGCUGACUGCCCUGCCGCCUCCCACCACUUCCGCUGCGCGUAGCUGAUGCUGCGCUCCAAAUGCGUCACUGCGGCAACCUGCUGUUGGUCUUAUUGCCACUACGACGUGGCGGUGUCGUUGACGAUGAUGAUGACUGCUCUGCGGUGGUGGUGAGGUCACUGAAACUGCUACUUGCUGGUCGCAAUUUGUUGUUGGUUGAAUUGACGUCGCCAUAUCGCCGUCGCCACAAAUGCUGAUAGUGGUCUGCCUGUACGUUGCCAGCGCGCUCGCGUAACCGUAGCGUAGUCCAAUAGUUACGGAUCUGAUUCUUACGGACGCGUUCGAACAUUUCGCUAUCCGCAACAAUUUUACCAACCGCACCGCCCCAACAACACCAGCGCCUGCUGCGUUGCCCACAUCGUCCGUAUCGUCGUGGUACGAGUAGCUGCGCUUAGUGUCAUCACCGUUGCCGAGGCCGGCGCUGUCAUCAUCGCUGGUUGACAUCCGCUUUAGACAUUGAUGCGCGUGCACGUGUUACUGUUGUUGUGCCACACGCUACAUACAUACAUACAUACGUACAUGUGUGCCGUUACUCUGGCCGCAGAUAGCCGUCGCGGUCGCGUUCAUGGUUACCGCAAAAAAUAGUUUAAUAUCAACGCGUCGCUUGAUUUGAUCGCCAGGAUAAUUGCGCAACUCGCUCAUCCGCUCGCUCGUGUGUGCCUCAACCGUUAUCCUUUUAGUUGUGCGUUGGUAGUUUGUGCAACGUUAUUGCAGGUGUCGGCGGUCGGUCGCCAAAGACUUGAGGCAAUUGAAGUGCGAUUUUCCGCGUUGUUCUCUGUGUGUGCAGUGCCGUGUCUGGUGUGUCAAGUGACAGCUGUCAGUUGUGAUUUAUCCACAAAGUGACGUGUCCAAAGUGAGAAUUCGACGGCGAAAACUUUUAUGAAAAAAAAAUGUGAUUUUUCUUGGAAAUGGAUAACAUGCAUUGUUACAGCUCGCUAGCGUGAACGUGUGUGUUACAUAAACCUACAAUAAUUUGUUGUGUGAAAAAAUUUUGAAAAAAAAAAUUUGAAAAAAUGCACAUCUCCAGUGAAGUGAGUUCGACCACGAAUCAUCAGCAGCCACCGCCCGCUAGCGGUGCGCCAUCGAAACGUAACUCCACUAGUGCUAAUAAUAAUACGAAUAACAAUAACAACAACAAUAAUAGUGUUAAUAAUAAUAAUACGAGCGGUAGUAAUAAGAAACCGGUGGAUACGAGUCCAUAUUUAACACCUGAAAAUUUAUUCGAACGAACUGUUGAUGUGUUGUUGGCCGAACAUCCGGGUGAAUUGGUGAAGACCGGGUCACCGCAUGUGGUCUGCACAACACUGCCGACACAUUGGCGCUCGAACAAAACGCUACCAAUUGCCUUUAAAGUGCUCGCCUUGGGCGAGGUAAUGGACGGAACGAUUGUAACAAUACGAGCGGGGAAUGAUGAGAACUUCUCUGCGGAGUUGCGAAACUGCACGGCCGUUAUGAAAAAUCAAGUGGCUAAAUUCAAUGAUUUGCGCUUCGUUGGACGCAGUGGACGUGGCAAAAGCUUCACGCUGAGCAUUGUGAUAUCGACCAAUCCCAUACAGAUCGCCACCUACAACAAAGCGAUCAAGGUGACUGUGGAUGGGCCGCGUGAGCCACGCUCCAAGGUGCGACAUCAGGGUUUCCAUCCGUUUGCCUUCGGACCGCAACGCUUCGGACCGGGUGAUCCGUUGAUGGGUGGACUGCCGUUUAAAUUUCCAGGUUUCGCACAUCAUUUGGUCGGAAUGCAUAGUCACCUGCAUGCGCCCGAUUGGCGAGCGUUAAGCGCGGUAAGCAAUCCAGCGGCCUUAGCGCGACCGGGCUUCCCACACGGUGCACCAUUCUUUCAUCAUCAGCAUCCCGCUUUCCAGGCACACAACAUCGCCGGCAAUUUGGAACGGCAUGGGCUGCGUGCGCUAAAUGACACCCAUCCGCAUCUGACACAACUGCGUCAAUUAUCAACUGUUGGUGCAGCGCAUAGCACCACCAGUCCGGAGGGCUCGCCGACAACUACAACAAACAAUUUGAGUGGACGACCCACGUUGACCAUCUCGCCGCCUUUAACCACGACAAACAGUGAUAACGAUAAUAAUAACAAUAUCGAUACAGGUUUCGAAAGUGAUAGCAUUUCGGUGACGGGUUCGCCCAGAAAGACGUCUUCAUUGCAUGAGGACGAUGAUGGACGUAGUACUUCGCCGCCUUCGAAUAGUGGUUCGGCUAGUGGUGGUGGCGCCUUCACAUCGCUCAUACAACGAAAUUCAACGCUGCGCAAGAAUGAAUUCCUCAAUGGGUUCGCAUCACAAUUUUCACCCACGGCGAAUAACUUCAAUCCCGCCUUGGCGGCACAGCUUUUCCUGCAGAACCCGCUUUUGCCGCAACCCAGUCAGUGGCUGUAUACACAAUUGUAUGGCAACUACAAUGAGUUUCCUUGGUUCCGUGGCGCCGGUAAUGCGGUGGGUGAUGGUCUAACACAACCUCUACCCGGUGCGUUACCAGCCGAGGUACCGAGUGCAACUAGUCUAACGGCAACCGACGCGGCUAGCGAUGGUGUUAACUUGGUGAAGCGUUGCGUAACGCUAAUCUCUCAUUCUCCGGAUGUGGAGAAUGCGAAUCCGAAUGCGUCACCGCCCGUAACGUCAACGCGACGUUCACCAUCGCCCGUCGAGACCAUCGAUCUGGACGAUGUGAGCACCAUAUCACGUACGGAGUUGGAGCGCAGCGAAUUCGGACCGAUACGUUGCCAUACACCCAAAGCGACGGAUGUGUGGCGCCCCUACUAGCGGCUGCGUAACGCCAUGGUGACGGCGUUGGGCUUAAAAGUGCUCGUAGAGCAGCGUGAUGAGACGCACGACGAACUGGUGCUCGAAUUGAAGCAGUGAUAUGGACUCGUGAGGCGAACUGGUGGAGCGGCUUAGAGCAUUACAAUUGUCAUAUCGUAUUUUAGCGAGUGUGGGAUUGAAGGGAGGUACUGAGGAAGCGAGUUUUUAAACAAAUUUCAUGUAAAAUAUAUAUGUAAUUAAUAUAAGUUCUAGGUAUGCGCUCUCUUAGAGUGCUAGAGUUGCAAAAAGAUCUAACGUUUUGUAAAACGAAGAAAAUCACAUAUCGAAUUUAUUAAAGAAUGUAAUGUAAUAACAAUAUAAGCAAAUUAUAUUACAGUUACCCUUAAGAACAUAAUCAAAAUUUCAUAACCUUUAAGUUAGGUUUUAUGUUCUAAGUUAAAGCAUAUUUGAUAAAUGUGUGUUAAGUUUAUUAUUAUGUUUCUAACGUCAGUUUAUUGUGCAUAUAUACACAUUUCAGCACAUACAUACAUAUAUUAUAUGUAGCGUUGUAUUUGAGCUAGUCAUGUGAAUAUUUUAAAUUAUAUGGACUUGAUAAGUAUCUCAUAGCGCAGUUAGCUACUGGAGCAUUCCAUAUUGAUCUGAGUAAUAUCUUAAGGUAUUUUGUUGAUAUUUAUAAAAAUAAUAAAUCCAAAAGAUUCAAUAAAUAUAUAAACUUCAAACAU